AUGGCCGGCGAGUCCCAGGCAGCCGAGCCCAAGUCUCCACCACGUGAGCGCCCGUGGCUGCUUGCAUAUAAUCGCAAGCUCAGACACCUCCAAGGCAUCACCAUCCGCAACCUCACGCUCAGCUUAUCUCCCCCAAAGUCGCGCGGGCGGACCAUCGACGAUGAAGCUAUACCGAGUACGCUCAAGUCGCCCACCAAGGCGCUGGCUCAGAGAGAGAGCAGGGGCCUGGCGCAUUCGCGAUCUUCGAGCGACCUCACCUCUCCUGAGGACACGCGGCGCAGCAAUGGCGGCUUGCGCGAACCUGCCCCGAACACGGCGACCAGACCCGGAUAUGGAAGGGGACUGCGACGGCGCUCAACUAUGGAAUGGACCAAUGCAACUCCGCUGUUCCGUCAGAAGAAGCUGGAAGACAUUACCGCAGGGCGCAUGGCGGAUACCUUCUUCAGCCUGCAUGUCGAGGACCAGGACGACCCGGUAUACAUCUCCGAGGUCGCGGAGAAGGCGAUGAAUCCAAACUUCAAGUUUUUCGAUCUCGGACCCUGUGGUCCCGGUGUCACGCGACUAGACAAGCUCACUGUGAGGGUGUGGGCGAAGAGCGAGACGAUGCAGGAUUGGCAAUAUCUCAUGGACUACACAGUGCAGUUCAGGUCGCUGCAAUUCAUCGGCAGAACGCUUGGAAGUUUCAGGCAUCCCCUCCCGCAGAACUGCAUACUAUUCCAUAUGACGGACGGAAUCUACACCAGCUUUACGGAUCUGCCGGUAGAGGAGCGAAUGCGCCCUGAACUUCUCGCACCGCCGAAGAACAACCCAGACGGGAAGGCGCUUACGUCGUCGUCCUAUGAUGCGCUCAUGCGGCUAUCGACCCUAGAUGACUGCAUUCAGGAUGCGCUGACGACGCGAGACCGAAUCGCCGACGAGAUUGAGGGCAUACUUGCGGCGAACAAGGAGGAUAUCUGCACGGUCGAGGCAGUCCCUGAGACCGAGGAAAGUCUGCGCACCGUCCAGGCUGCGGUGACUGCUGAGAAGCGAAGGGUGGUGGCUGCGAGGAGGAGGCGGGACGAGCUGCAAGCCAACAUCAAAUAUCGACGAGAGAAGAUGCAGGCCGGACGAGAACUGCAAACACAAGCCGAGUCUGCGUUAUCUGAAGAGAGAGCAAAGUGCACCGAGAGUAAGGAACUCAUAGAGAAAGCUGCUGAGGAUAUCACUGGCCAACGGCGAAGGGUCUGCGAGGAUCUCCUCAGGAUAUUCCCCAUCGAGCCUGUUCAGGGCAAAGCGCUUGCCUUCACGAUACGAGGUCUGCUCUUACCCAACUCCAACUUCGACGAAGUAAAUCCAGACGUCACCUCCGCAGCACUAGGCUACGUCGCGCAAGUCGUCAACUCACUAUCGCUCUAUCUCUCUGUCAUACUACCGUAUCCAAUUACACCACACGGCUCGACAUCGACUAUUGACGAUCCACUCGCCGUUACGCAGGCCAAUCAGAACCCUCAACGCACUUACCCCCUCUACAUGAAGAAUGUUGUCAGGUAUCGCUUUGAGUACGGCGUCUUCCUCCUCAACAAGAACAUCGAAAUUCUUUCCAACUCUCUCGGCCUGCGCCCCGUCGACAUCCGCCACACACUACCAAAUCUGAAGUACCUACUUUACGUCGCAACCGCUGGAAAGGGCGAGCUUCCAGCGCGGAAGGCGGGCGGCAUCAAAGGCUUGUUGCGGCAGGAUGGUGUUCUUUCUAGAAAAGGAAGCAUGGACAGCACAGUGACAGCAAGCAGCGUUGGCACACCCACGACUGAAUUGAAGAAGAAUCUUGAGAUUGCGGGGAAGAGAUUGGAGAUAAAAGCAAAUGGUGCGCCGACUCAGAUACAUGGUCAUGCAGGGAGCAGACUAAGACCUGCAGCAUAG